AUGCACAACAAGCGCUUCUUUUCGCCUGAAAUAGAAACCGACUACAAAGUGGAGCCCGUUGGGGAUGUUGAAACCACAGAAGAGCACAAAUACACAAGAAAUGCGCAGAAUGACAAGCCCUACACGCCUGCAGAGGAGCCCGCUGUGAGCUCCAAGCCUGCUGGCAAAAACUACGCCGAGGAGUACCACCGCACCCUCAUCGAGAUGUUUCCGUCCGUCGACGGGCACACUCUGUCGGUUGCUGUCGCCCGAGAGGACUCGUUCUUCCAGGCUCUGCAGAGAAUGCCCACCAAACAGCACGCGAACUACGUGCUGGCUGCGCUCCUUCUGCUGAGUGAGGGAAUAAACGUGCCCAUCAAGGCCACGCAGAAAACAAUCACACUGGAGAUAGGCAGCAUAGCAUUUGAGACAGGCCGGUGCAAAAAGGCUGCACAGGUCAUAAACUUCUUCAAAGACAACAAAGGCAAAGGAAAACUUCCGUGCACGCAGAACGACUUCAGCACCGGAGAGUUUCUAAACACGCCGCAGUUCCUCAUCCAGGCGUACGUCUUUGAGUACAUCACGAGCAAGGACGACGCCCUGGACUUCGCAGCGUGCGUGCACAGCAUCCUCAAAAGCCUGCCAGAAGAAAGCUGCAAAGACGUAUACAGCGCGUGCUUUGUGGAGAGCAAGGCAAAUGCUGAGGAAGACAAGCUUCUGCGCCCGCUUAGGAUGAUUCAGACAAAAAUGAAGAUUCUACAGACGUUCCCGUUCACCAGCCCAAACAUGCUGCCGGCGUACACAAGCGUGUAUGCCUGCAAGAGAGGACAGCCCGAGUUUCUGGAGGAAACAUUCAGCAACUGCGUGGAGACCGGCCUGUUUGCGCUCUUCUGCUGCCUUGCACACGACCCAGUCCAGAAAAAGUACGACGCGGACAGCAUGCUCGGCAAGAAAAAAGAGGGUGAUAAAACAGAGGCUCUGCGCACUUUCUUCCAGUUGAAGGGCGUCACCCCAAAGGUGUGCGCCACCAAAGAGACAAUGCAGGAGUGGAACCGCGUGGUGUCUGACCUGCAGAGCCAGCACAUCGCGUACGCGAGGAAAAACAGAAACGAGGUGCGCUCCGGAAUUUUCAAUGUGCUCUAUAUUGUUGCAGAGGUGACAGGCAGAUCGGAAGAGGAGAGGCCAAGGAUACGCAAGCUUGAACAGAUGCUAGAAGACUCCGAGAUUGAUGAAGACUCUGAGAACGGGUUUGAAAAAACACAGAAGUACGUGGAAAAGCUUUUCGCGUCGCUCUCCGUGGACAAAUCCUUAAAAGUCGAAUUAUCCGACUUGAAGCUCGGCGCCCGGAGCGACGGACAGAAUGACCUUUACGGAAAAAUCACCCUAAAGUACACAGACAAAGACAGCGUGAUAAAGCAGGGCUUAUGCCUUGCCAUUUCACCCGGGCAUCUAACAGCCAUCCUGUGUCCAUGGGCUUUUCUUUCUUCUGCGAGUGGUGAAGAAGAGGCCUUCUUUGCGGUGGACGGCUACUCAGAGCCUGCGGACUUUGCUGAAUGCCUGCUUGCCAAGUACGCAGACGCGUGGAGGGCCAGGGGCACGAAAUGCUCUGAAUCCAAACUUACUGAAGACACUCGGGGGUUCAUAGAGCGCUUGGCUGUCGAUGGAGCCUCUGCGCACCCAAACCAGCUUUUCUUGCUCGGGAACGCCUUGAGAAGCAAACAGAUACAAGAAUUCUCCGAGCACUUCACCUUGUAUGCAGCAGCAAAAGGCAUCGAGUUCGCCCAGGAGCAUCCGGGCGUGCGCCUCCUCUCGAAUCUGCUCGGCAGCCUUCCGCUGGAUGACUCCGUAACGCAAUACAAUGGGAUGCAGCACAUAGUCUUUCUGGACAUGUUGCGCGGCCUUUUUCCAAGAAUCGCCCUGUCAAAGAAAACAACUUCUAUACUCUAUAAAAGCACAGGCACUAUCAUCAAAAUAGGGAGCUACACCGGAGACAACUGCGCACCCACAGCAAACGCCAUUAUGAAGUACUUUAGAGAGUACAAAAAGCAGGCGCGCGAGUCUCUUUUCGGGUGUUUACAAUUAAAAAGCUUUAACACCAUCUCUAGCAUGUUUCCUGUUUUGCUUGCAGACAAGUCAACACGCCACACAGACGAAAUUCGCGCGCUUAUUAUGGAUGUGGAGGAGAAAGACCGGGAGAGGGCACUGGACGCCAAGGUGGUCUUCGACCUCUUCGUGUUCUUCGCCAGCUUGCAAGAUGAUAGCACCCCGCACGAGCUGGUGCUUGCUCUGGGCAGCAGGGUUGUGCCAAGGUCGAUACAGGCAUACAAUCGCAACAAAUACGUGUUUUCUAUCAAAAGCCAAGCAGCCGCCGUGAUUCUGGAGGCUCUGAACACGUACCAGAGUGCCCUGCUGGAGAUGCCUAGCGGAGAAGAGGUGUUCAAAGGCAUGCAGGGCAUACUCCAGUAUUCCAUAGACCAGAAGAGAUAG